ACGAAAUUGAAUCCUAUCAGUGUUCGUGGUAAAAUGGCAGAAGCCAGAGUUGCAGUGGAUGUAAACGAGUUCAGCUGUCCAAUCUGUCUGGAUCUACUAAAGGAUCCAGUGACUAUUCACUGUGGACACAGUUACUGUAUGAGCUGCAUUAAGAGCUGCUGGGAUCAGGAGGAUCAUGUUGGAGUUUACAGCUGCCCCCAGUGCAGACAGACCUUCAUACCCAGACCUGUUCUGGGCAGAAACACCAUGCUGGCUGAAGUGGUGGAGAAACUGAAGAAGACUGAACUACAAGCAGCUACUCCUGCUGACCAGUAUGCUGGACCUGGAGAUGUGGAGUGUGAUGUCUGUACUGGGAGAAAACACAAAGCUGUCAAGUCCUGCCUGGUGUGUCUGGCCUCCUACUGUGAAACUGACCUGCAGCUUCACAAUAAACUCCACCAUGCAAAACAGCACAAGCUCAUUGAUGCCAUCGGCCAUCUGAAGGACAAGGUUUGUUCCCAGCAUGACAAACCCCUGGAGAUCUACUGCCGUACCGACCAGCAGUGUAUCUGUUAUCUCUGUUCGAUGUAUGAACACAGAGGCCAUGAUACAGUCUCAGCUGCUAUAGUAAGGGCGGAGAUACAGAAACAAAUGGGUGAAACACAGAGGGAAUUUCAGCAGAGAAUUCAGAUGAGAGAGAAGGAGCUGCAGGAGCUGAGAGAGGCUGUGGCCUCAUUCACAACCUCAGCACAGUCAGCAGUGGAGGAGAGCGAGAGGAUCUUCACUGAGAUUAUCAGCUCCAUUGAGAGAAGACGGUCUGAGGUGACAAAGCUGAUCAGAGAUCAGGAGAAGGCUGCAGUGAGUCAGGCUGAAGGAGACAUGGAGAGACUGAAGCUGGAGAUUGAUGAACUGAAGAGGAGACACUCUGAGCUGGAGCAGCUUUCACACACAGAGGAUCACAUCCAUUUCCUCCAGAGGCGCCAGGCUCUUCCUGUCACUCCUGAAGCUGGAUUUGGACCCAGAAUCUCUGUCAGUCCAAGAUCUGAUUUUGGGAAUUUGAGGAAGGCGGUUUCUGAGCUGAAAGACCAACUGGAGAAUGUUUGCAGAAUGAAAAUGGCAGAGAUCCAUCACCCAGUUACCAAAGACACCGUCCUACCGGUAUUAGUGCCCAGGACCAGAGCAGAAUUCUUACACUACUCCUGCCAGCUGACGCUGGACCCCAACACAGCACACAGACGCCUGUCUCUGUCAGAGGGGAACAGGAAGGUGACAGGGGGGGCAGAGCAGCCAUAUCCUGACCAGCCAGAGAGAUUUGACUACUGGCCCCAAGUUCUGUGUAGAGAGAGUCUGACUGGUCGCUGUUACUGGGAGGCUGAGUGGAGUGGAGAUGACGUCUGGAUAGGAGUGACUUAUAAAGGAAUCAGGAGGAAAGGAGGGAGUUAUGACUGUCUGCUUGGAUUCAAUGACAAGUCAUGGAUGCUGCGCUGCUCUCCUGACAGUUACUCUGUCUGGCACAAUAAGAAAGAGACUGUCAUACCCAUAAAGCCCUCAGUCUCCCGCAGAGUAGGAGUGUAUCUGGACCAGGCGGCUGGUACUCUGUCCUUCUACAGAGUCUCCUCUGAUGGACUGACCCUCCUGUACAGAUUCACCUCCUCAUUCACUGAACCCCUCUAUCCAGGGUUUUGGGUUUAUUAUAACUCCCCCGUGUCGCUGUGCAUGCUGGGAUAGCUCACUGUGUGCUGGAGGAAUCAUUUUUACCGUAUCAGAGUGUCACAUGUCGCUGCUUCUCCGUGGCAAAAAGGUAAAAUCUCUGCUUUUUAACCAGUAUAACCCUUUUUACUCUGUCUGCAGUGUGACGUAUGUUAAUAAAACAAGUAAUUGGGUUCUGUAAGCUGAACAAACAUGCAAAAUUACUCUUUUUCUCUGACUUAUGUUCUAUGUUGUCUGUAAAUGCACCUAAACUGCCAAAACAAAUUCAUAGUACAUGCAGUUGUACCAAUAGAGUGAAUUCUGAUUCUGAAUAAAAUUAAAUGUAAUGAAAUCUAAGCCUGAUGAGUAAGGGGAGCUUUUCCCCUCCCCUCUAUAUGUAUAUUUUAUAUUUCUGUCUAUAUAUUGUAUUGCUACCUGUACACUGACAAUAAAGGCUUCCUAUUCUAUCCCAUUAAUGUCCCGGUUCCGCGCUGCCCAGAACGUAACUGAGUAACAGACUUAAUCCGCGCUCUCUGCUCACUGAGCGCAGCAGCCUGAUAUCGCAGCGGCGACGCUUUGGCCAGCAGGGGGCGGCAGACGGCAGACAGUUUAUUAACUCAAAACCUACUGCGGUCCUGAGGUAACUUAGUAAAGAUAAUAAUAUAAUCAAAUUAAUCAUAUAUUAACUAAGUAAACAUAAAUAACAUAAAAUCUUAAUAAGGCAUGUUAGUACAACAACAGAAAAGCACCUGAUCAUCAAUGAAGUAGUGUAGGUGAUUACCAAUUACCAGAAAUAACACAUAAAUCCUGUUUCAUUAGGAAUCCUGAGAUAUAUACAGUACUGUGCAAAAGUCUUAGGCAGUCAUAGGAAAUGUUUAAAGCUAUUUAUCUGGGUAGUAAAUUUAUAUUUUCUCAGUAUGAAAAAGAAAAUUUAAUAUUAUAACGUGUAAAUUAUGAGUAAAACAAAAAAACUAAAAGGAAUUUCUUAUGUUCUCCAAAAAGUUACUGAUAUCUUGUUGGAUGGCUAGAUGAACACCAAUAUGGUUCCUAAACCUCUCCUCAGGUUCACCUCAGCCAUUUCAUGUAUUUGUUAAUUUUCACGACCAGCUCACUUAAUUAAUUAAUGAAACUAGUUUUGAAAAGUCACUGAGGUAUUGAUUAGCUAUAUGAGGUGAGCUAGUGGUCAUGUCAAAAAUACAUGAGUAUAUUGAAAAUACUGCCAAUACUGGGAUGACUUUAGGAGUGAUUUUGAAAUGGUUAAGGGCAAAAAGUUUGACAGACAUAAUAUCAUAGGUUUAAAUCAAUAUGCAGAUCAUUUUGCACAGUACUGUAUAUAUAUAUAUAGUAGUCAAGUCAAGUAGUCAAGUAGGUUUUAUUGUCAUUUCAACCAUACACACAGUAUAUAGAGAAAUGAGAUAACGUUCCUCCAGGACCAUGGUGCAACACAGAGCAGGACAAAGACAGAGCAACAUCAGUGCAGACAGGACAGCAUAACAGUACAGAUUGACAAGACAGACAAGACAACAUACAGUGCCAAUUAACAGUGGUAACAUUUUGGAUACAGUAUUUGUUACUGUAUGGUAGCAGCGAAGGGUGUUUGUGCAAAAAAUGCUGUACAAAAAUGCCGUGGUAUAAUAAAUAACAAUAAAUAUUAUAUA